UUUUUUUUUUAACAGGAUGAUGUCUUUGGCGACAUUGACCAAGCGCUGGUCAAUAACUUCACAGAGGGAGUUCAUCUCUACUACAGCUACCUCCAACGACUGGAGGAACUAACGUUACAUAUGGAGGACCUCACCUUUGAGGUGGACCUGGAAUCCUGCUCUGAACCCCAAUCGUGCUUUGACUCAUGCUCAUCCAGAUCAUCUUCUAGAUCACAUUCUAGAUCACAUUCUAGAUCUUCUAGAUCCUCCAGAUUUAGUGACUGCAGCAUUUGCCGAACCUGCAAUAAACGGCGGAAACGGCAUCCACCUGACAGGUUUAAAUUCCUGAAAGGCGGUGGUCCAGAUAGUCGCUGUUCUUCAAGUAGUCCCAGCCCACUGGCUAAGCCCUGCCUCAAGCUACCAGGAGGUGGUGAUGUUAAGGACAGACACAAUGGCUCCACACGCGCCUCCUGUAGCUCCUCCUGCAGCUCCUCUAGGUACGUGACUCCUUCUGGCUCCCCUCAACCUCUGGAAUACCAGCCCUGCCCUCAUCAGCAUACUGCUAUUGGUUGGAGGCUAAACUGGACUCUGAUGGAGGCCAAAUUGGACUCUCCUGUCGCUGUGCCUGUUGCUGCUGCUUCUACUGUCACUGGCUGUAAAGACAGAGCUGCCGGCCGCACAGACCUCUCCAGGACUCAGACUGUGAGACAUAUUCAAAUGGUGAGACAGCUGUUUGAGGUCGUGCCGAGGAAUGGAGACCCGGCCGUCCUGUGCCGCUGGCACCCCAGACAUUUGGAACUCAACGUGACACAGAAGGUGGCCCGCAAGCGCUGGAGGAUUGCCGUGCUGAUGAUCUCCAUCGUUAGGUGGCUGAUCCCAGAGAGACUGAAGAGGGGAGGCACCACCAGCUCAACCUCCACCUCUGCGUCCACCCCGACCACCACCACUACCACCUCUCAGGCUAAGAAAGGAUCAAAGAUCACCAGGAAAACUGCCAGUGUUCCAGCUUUCUGCCCUCAGGGUGCCAACCCUCCAUCUCCCUCCAAGGCUCCAUGCCAGUCUCCAGGGUUAGAGGGUAAACCCAAGUCCAUCAUGAUGUACGCUCAGGGCGCCAGGAUCCCCUUCAUUUGCCAGGAGGUCCGAGAGAAGCUUGAGUCUCAUGUUUGCCGCAAGCAGAGCCAGCUCCUCUGGGGUUUCCCCAAGCUGGUCACCAGGUACGUGGGCAACCUUGCGCUCCAACAGCUCCCUACCUCCGGCAGCGCAGGUGACGGGAAGAUUAUGGGCAAUGUGACCGACCAUCAGGCGGUGUUCUCUGGACGAGCGCACUGCAACACAGAGUUCAGGUUGAAGAAUAAGACUACAAGGCCAGCGGAGGAGCCGCAGGCUACUGCAGCCAUAGCGAAGGACAGCUCACCAGCCACCAGACCUGUGGAGAAGACUACCACCAGCACCGUGCUCCAGCCAGCCGAGACUCAUGCUACCAAACCCUCCCAGACCAGACACUCUCUGAACCAGACAUCCCCUGUGAGGAGCUUGACCCCGGAGAGAUGCUGGCUGGAGGAGAAGGUGAGGAGUAAGUGUAUGGAGGUGAAGCUCAAACACUUUCCCGGCAUGGUGGCCCAGUCAUACCACUCCGCCCUUGCUUCGGCAACCAGCCAGCCAACUAGGAAACCCACCCAGGUGGCAGGAGCCCCCGCUGUUGUUCUGAAACGCACUGCCCCACUCAGACGGCGGGAUAAGGUGUUGUUCAUGGGCCAGGAGGAACUCAGGCACCUGGAGGACAACCUGAUCAUGAAACACAUGGAGCACCUUCAGAGGCAGGGAGUGACGACUGCCUCGGCCCCCUCGGACCACACCCAGGGAGUGACCACCGCAUCGGCCCCCUCGGCCCACUCCCAGGGAGUGACCACCGCAUCGGCCCCCUCGGCCCACUCCCAGGGAGUGACCACCGCAUCGGCCCACACCCAGGGAGUGACCAGCGCCUCAGCCCCUCGGCCCACACCCAGGGAGUGACCACCGCCUCGGCCCACA